AUGUCGACAUAUUUCCGUAAACUGUGUUUUGUCGGGACAGGUGUAUGCGCUGCGUGCUUCACUUGGUCUGCUCAUUUCGUGAAUUCUACCAAAGCGAUUUCGGACGAUGGAUCUAUUGGGAUUGAGGUGGACGAUGCUCGUUUUCAGAUUGACCACAUCACAAAGCGAGGACUGCAACUGAAAAUGGUUCAAGUGUUUUUCCGACAUGGUGCUAGAACACCCCUGAAUUUAUUAGCAAAUCCGACGAAAAUACCAGAACUAGAACAAGUGUGGGACAGGAAUGUUUUGUUUUCGGGAGGAGAAGGUUUACUAGCUGAUUAUGUUGUCAAGGAUCUUGGGGGUGGUCCUGCGCCUGAAAAGUAUUUCGAUGCUAUAAACAAAACGGUAUUAUUUAAGGGUGGAACACAUGCUGGUCAGCUGACCACUAAAGGCAAACAUCAAAUGCAUCACUUAGGAGAAGUUUACAAGAAAUACUACAUUGAUAAAUUGCGGUUUCUUGAUCCACAGUAUGAACCUGAACAUAUCUAUAUUAGAAGUUCUAAUUUAAAUCGCACAAUUGAGUCUGCCGCCUGUGUAUUAGCAGGGAUGUUUGGAAAUGAAAUUAAUAAGAAAGGUUCUGUUCCCAUUUUUGUUGCUACAGCAAUGGAUGACAUCAUGUAUCCAAACUUCAAUUCCUGUGGAAGACUUAGUGCACUUACUAAAAACAUGUGUGACGAAAAUAUUACGCCAGAGAUGAGAGUAAAUAUUCAGCGUAUUCAGAAGAUAUUUGGCAUUUCGAAAUGCAACCGAGAAGAUUUAUUCAAGAUAAGUGAUGUUAUUUCCUGUCAAAAGGCACAUGGUAUCCCAAUUAUGGACAUGCUGAAUCAGUUGCCAGACUUUGUUGAAGAAUGCGCUGUUAAUUGGAUGAAGGAUAGUGUUAGUCAACCUGGGAAGCAUCGCUUAGAAUUGCUCCAGAUGUCGGGAGGCAGGAUUGUACAAAUGCUCAGGGAUAAUAUGAAACAACUUAUUCAAUCAAACAAUAUUGAGAUAUUCCGGAUUUAUUCAUGUCAUGAUGGGACGUUGAUGGCGCUGUUAAUUGGUUUGAAUAUAUUUGAUGAUAUUUGGCCACCUUAUGCAGCAGAUUUAACAUUUGAAUUAUAUGAAGAUGAAAAAGGCUUUCAUUAUGUUAGAACAUUGUAUUUAGGCAAGGAAAAAUGUGUAUUAAAAAGUAAAGAAGCAAUUAUCCCGUUAGAAGAGUUCAUAAAAUUAACAUCCGAGAUCUCGAUAUCGAAGGAUAAGUACCUAGCUUUGUGCGAUGACAUAACUACAUUGUAA